ACCAUGUUCCGUGUAGUUGUGCUGCUGUUGCUGGCUGCAGGUUCCUGUGUCGAGUGUGAAGAGUUGACCCAGCCACCAUCUGUCACUCUGCAGUCUGGUCAGAGUCUGAGGAUCGACUGUGGGGUGUCUUAUUCUGUGGCUAGCUACUACACAUCGUGGGUCAGGCAUCCUGCUGGGAAAGGACUGGAGUGGAUUGGGUUGGCGCGUACUGACGGCUCUUACUACAAGGACUCACUGAAGAACCAGUUCAGUAUUAAUCUGAACACCUCCAGCAACACAGUGACUCUAAAUGGACAGAAUAUGCAGCCUGGAGACACGGCUGUGUAUUACUGUGCCAGAUACAUCCACAACAACACAAAGCAUCAGUUGGACUACUGGGGAAAAGGAACCCAAGUAACAGUUACAUCUGGCACACCAGCCCCACCCACUGUCUUUCCUCUGAUGCAAUGUGGCUCCGGAGCAGGAGACAUGGUCACUCUCGGCUGUCUGGCCACCGGCUUCAAACCCCUUCCACUGACAUUUGCGUGGAGCAAAGAUGGGGCCGAUUUGUCUGACUUCAUUCAGUAUCCUUCAGUGGAGAAGGACAACCUUUACACGGGAGUCAGUCAGAUCCGAGUGAGGCAAGCCGACUGGGACAGCAGGGCCAAAUUUCGAUGUGUCGCCAAACAUUCAACUAAAACUGUUGAUGCCGUGAUUACAAAAACAGAAGAGAGGAGGGAGAGGAUUGUGUCUCCAAACAUGACAUUGUAUCCGCUGUGGGAGGGAAACCUUACAGGAGACUCCUCUGUCAAACUUAGAUGCGCCUUAAGUGGCUUCUUCCCGGACAUGCUGAGUGUCGAGUGGCUGCAGGGCAACCAAAUCAUCGACGGCGUGCAAACCGUGAGCAAGUUUCAGAGUGUGACGGCCCCAAAGACCUUCAGUCUAAUCAGUGAGAUUGAACCUGAUGUAAAAGAGUGGACAAACGGCUUAAGGUUUACCUGCAAGUCCACUCACAACAAGGUGGAAGAGAAAAAGUCAAUCAGUAUCUGUGAAACCCAGGCAAGCGUCCCACCUUCCGUUCAUGUGGAGCUCCCCAGCUUCAAGGAAGUCAUGACAGAAACAUCCCAAGUGAAAGCAACAUGCUCGGUGCGCACCGCAUUGGAUGCCGUUGUCACAUGGCUGCUGGACGGCAAAGCAGCCGCCGACCAAGCGAGCGCGUACGCUAAUGCAUCUCACGUCAUCAGUACUCUGACAGUGAUGCCUGAUGUGUGGAGACAAAUCAGGAUUCUCAAAUGUAAAGUUGUGCAUCGUUGCUUUCCUGAUGUCGAGGAGACCAUACGUGUGUCAGGUGUUGCAGUCACCGCUCCACUGGUGGAGAUGAGGCGAUCUCUUGCAGAUUUACAGAAUAAAAACAGCGGCGUGUUCGAGUGUGACGUCACGCAACUAGACGCCAUCGACCUCUACAUCACAUUUCAGGCCGACAGUGUGGAUAUUUCUAACAAACAGUAUGUUGAUCUCCCUGAAGGCCUGGGCCCACAUUCCAUCCGUCCACGUUUCAGUUUGCACGAGUCCUACAGGAAGAGUGACGCAAAUUUAACCUGCAAAGUGAACCAAGGCUUCUCCGACAGCUUCCGCUCAAACCCCAUUUACAGCCUUUUUGAGAACCCAUCAGUGGAACUCUUUCUGGCCCCCGUUGAGGAAUCAAAACCUCAGAGGGUUCUGUGCUCUGGUCAGGGCUUUAACCCUCAAAUUAAAUGGUUCAGCGAGGCUAAGCAGAGAGCUCCAUCAAUUACUAGCAUCAGCAUGAGUGUGGAUGGACGUGUGACUGUGACCAGUCAACUCCACGUCCCACCGACAGAGUGGCAAACUGGAAAGGUCUUCACCUGUCGAGUGUCUGACAAGUGGCUGAAAAAAAAUGUCACAAAGACCAUCAGCAUUUGCUCCGUAACCCCAAUAUCAUCCCAACAAGUUGGAGUGUUUGUUCACGGACCCCCACUCACAGAGUCUCAGCAGAGGGACAAGGUGACCAUUACUUGUCUUUUGGUUGGCCCUCGACUUCAUGAUUUUGUCAUCUCCUGGAAAGUAGAUGGGAAGAAAUACUCUCAGAAUUCCCACACGGAGGAGCCAACUCGUCACAGCAAUGGUACAGAGACCUUACGGAGCUUCCUCAGUGUGCCAGCAAAUGACUGGGAUGCAUAUAAACAAAUGUCCUGUGAGGAAAAACACAAAUGUUCCAACCAGGGCCAUGAGGACUACAUCAGCAAAAGCAGAGACUUGUAUCCACCAACAGUGCACAUAAUACCACCGACCAUCUCAGAGCUGUCACUGUCUGAUGACCUCACACUGACUUGCCUAGUUUCUGGAUAUUUCCCAGGUAACGUUAUAGUGUACUGGGAGAAAGAUGGUCAAAGAUUGCUUGACUACACCAACAGCCCUUCGUGGAAAUACAGCAGCAGCAACACUUAUUCAAUGACCAGUAGAAUUAAUGUGUCUAAAAUUGAGGACCAUGAAUCCAGCUAUUCUUGCGCUGUCAGACAUGAGUCAUCUCAAAGUCCUUUUACGAGCACUAUAGAGGACGUGUUUGCCACAGUGACUCCUACUCAACCGUCAGCCAUCUUGCUCCAGGGUCGUGGUGAACUUGUGUGUCUGGUGUUUGGCUUCAGUCCCGCGUCCGUUAACGUCUCCUGGUUUCUGGAUGACACCAAUGAGCUGUCGGACUUCAACACCAGUCAACCCAGCAGAGGCCCAGAUGGGAAGUUCAGCAUACAAAGCCGCCUUCGUCUGUCUCAAGUCAACUUGUUACCUGGGGCGGUUCACACCUGCAGGGUGACACAUGUGACCGUUACACUGACCUUGAAUCUAACCAAUCCAGUGAUUUUGCCGGAUUGCAACGUCUUGGAUGACAUUGCUCAUGCAGUUGUUAACCAAGAUAUCAAUGCGGAAAGCUGGUAUAUGUCUGCCACAUUCCUUGUCCUCUUCCUCAUCUCCACCAUCUAUGGUGUGGUUGCCACCCUGCUUAAGUGGGUUUAUCGGAGGAAUGACAACUCAGCAACAUCAAGGACAACUAUUGGCUACCUCUGCUAUGAAUUGGCUUUGUCGAUGUGUGAUUGGCUGGGGACUUGAGUUAGUAAGCCCAAAUCUGUGACGCUGUUGCUGGGAUGUGGAUGCAGCAUGCGGAUGCCUUCCUAACUGCCAAGGAGCCGGUAAGAGGGAUUCAUGGCAUCAGGCCCACGGGACGGCCUGAGAGGGUGUCACUGUCUUUGACCACCGUCAGAUCCCAUACUAAAAGAACAAGCUACAAAAAAUAAACAGUCUUGACGCGUCUAUAAGAUGGUAUUUUUUGCUAUAUAAAAAUUCUGGAAAGAUGGGUGUCUUGGAAAUGUAUACAUGCUAACCACAGGUGUCACCAAACAACUUUUGUCCCCUUGCACUUUACACUCACAUCCAUAACCAAGGUCGGCUAGUUUUUGUGGCACGAAAUAAAAUGUAGUUUGUGGCUCCAUUUCGGUCUUCGAUAUUACAAGGAUUUGAUUUGUAAGUAGCUAGCUAAUCAAAGUGAACCCACCAAGGUUUCAAAUGUCACUUGUUAUUGAAAAUAUAAAUAGUGUGCAUCUAAAUUUAGACAUAGCACCCUGCACCAGAAGUGUAGUUUACCUCUGUCAAUGGUAAUGAUCCUGCCACAUGUUAACAUACAGAAACGUUGUUUAACUUCUACUUCCUCUGAUUAAGUUUGAUUUCUUCUCUACGAUGCGCCAGAGCCGAAGACCUCACUAAAUUAUGCAAUCGCAAUUGUUUGUUUAUCCAAGUGGUUGCAACUUUUUGUUCAAGGGGAAAAAGUCGCAAAUGUCAUCUGUUUUGUUCACUUAAAAGAAACUCUGGAUUUUUUAAAUACGUUUUUUUAGUUCACUCUUUAUACACCUUUUCGGACAUGCUAUAAUAAAAAACUGAAAAUAUAAGCUGUAUUGCAUUAUUCAAAAUAAAUUGAUACCAUUACUACUUUGAAGGAAUCAACAGAUAGUGGUUAGAUUCACAUUAAUGUGGUGUUACUGACACCUAGUGAUCCAUCAGUAUAUUUACUACCAUAUUUCACAAUCUGUUUAUCGUUCUCUUUAAAAAAAAAAAAAUGAUUCGUCUGCUCAUAAACUGUGGGUAAAAUUUAUCAAAUCAGAAUCAACUAUAAGAAUCCUUGAUAUUACAAUUUAGCAAUACACAAGUUUAUGUAUAUAUACCAUCCAAACAUGUACGAAAACGAGUAGGAAGUAGCAUACGCUUACUUGCAUCUUAUCUUACCCCUUCUCCAUACUUCAGUAAAACUACUUGAUGUUUGAAUGUUAUCACUGAUGUUCUCAAUGUCCACAGAAUUUGAAAAUAAAUAAUCGUAAACUACUCAGAAAACAUAAGCGAUAUGCAGCUUUUGAGUAAAAUUUCAAGAUGUACCUAACAUUUAUAUUAUGCAGUAUACAUUUUACAGGUGGACUUAAUUCAAAACCCUUGCACAUGUCCAACUGUUUCAGUACUUUUUACACAACUUGCUAUUCUCUAACAAGCAGGUUAACUGCAACAUGUACAACAGGCGCAUUUUAUUAAAGUAUAUUUACAGAAAAGCAUACAGAACAGUAUUUUUGUCAAUCGUCCCGACGCACAGUGCCCAUUUAUCUUUGGGAACAUCCUGUUUGAAGUGUCGGACUGGCAAAGUACUGUUGACCAACUGUUAGACUUUGUCUCUGUCUCAUGAUGUCAAUCAAGAUACUAGCUGCCAAUGAAUUUGGCCAACUUUAUUUGAACCAGGACAAUUAUUGGUCCAUUAAUGGAUUGUCCGUAUUAGAAAACAGAAAGUUGUGCAAUACGUACUGAAACGAACAGUUGUGCAUUCAAAAGUUUAGAGACAGUCAAAUUAAGCUCACCUAUAAACUUUAUAUCUGACAAUUCCUGCUUUCUUCAGGAAACUCCCCCAUUUUGUCCUUCCUUCCCAUGAGCGUCUUCCAAUUCCUGUAUGACCUUCCGUGAGAAAGUAAAACUGUAAGGCAUACUGCCGGCAGCGGGGGCCACACAGCUUCCCGGGCCACUAGGUAAACCUUGGUUAACAUUGUUUGAUUGUAACACACAUUUUGCAACUUGUAAGAAGUCAGGCCAGCAACCUGCAACACUUGCUCGAUGGUGAUAUUGUGCAAGUAACAUCUCUGAAAAGGGGUCAUAUUGUGAUGUUUUUUCUACUUAUAAAACACUUCCUUGUGGUUUAAAUAACAUGUAAUGGUGGUUCUCUUGUCAAAAUUUUGCAUUGAUUAUGUUUUACAGACCGUUUUCAAGCAGCUUCCUGACUGUAUCUUAAGGUUGCGCCGUUUUGGUCUUAGUUACGUGGCUCCACUUUGACUGCGUUUUCUCCCCGCCAGCAAUGUUUUAGUUCUUAACGCUUCUUUCUAUAUGCAGUCUAUUGACAGAUAAAAUUUGGAGAUGUACGUUACUUUGUAUUAGAAAUGGCAACAGCAGAGGAUGCAUGACCAUGUACAAGCCAGUCUGAAGAAAAAAGAAGGAACUUAUUGACUACAGCGUCAGAUUACAUUUGCAAAUUCGUGCAAGGAUCUUCGGGUAAAUUUAAACCAUACAUGGAGAUAUCGUCUGACCUCACAGGGCAGAAAACGUGACCAGAACGAGUUAAUUUCAAACGGCUUGUUUCGAGAAAGCAUGAAAGAAGGUAUGAUUAUUCUAUAAAUAUCUCCGCAAUGCUUCCACUUUUAUAUUACAAAUUUUCGAGACUUAUGGGAAUCCCAAAUACACAAAAGCAAGUACCAAUAGGUAAGAAAAGUUGGUUUUGCAUUAUAGGUCUGAAGCUAGUUUUACACUUAAUUACGAGCUUUAGCACGUUAACAGCAGCCAUCAUAACACCAUUUGUAUUGCAGCACUAAGCUAGCCACAGCAAAAACAGAGCACUCCCUUAUUAUGCACCAGGGUCGGUUAUGGCUAGUGACUAUUCUGGAACCCACAGAUUUAUGACCAUCAAUAAUUGCAAGAGUCACUUUUGGCACUUUAUGUUCUGCAUUGUGACUGCGUGGGUUCCCUCCGGGUACUCCGGCUUCCUCCCACUUCCAAAGACAUGCACCUGGGGAAAAGUUGAUUGGCAACACUAAAUUGGCCCUAGUGUGUGAAUGUGAGUGUGAAUGUUGUCUGUCUAUCUGUGUUGGCCCUGCGAUGAGGUGGCGACUUGUCCAGGGUGUACCCUGCCUUUCGCCCGAUUGUAGCUGAGAUAGGCGCCAGCGCCCCCCGUGACCCCGAAAGGGAAUAAGCGGUAGAAAAUGGAUGGAUGGAUGGAUGUUCUGCAUUGCUGGAAAAAUUGUUCUGUA